AUUAUGAAGGUGUGUAUUUCUUUGACAAAUUGCACACGGCAGGGAAGUGGGCAGUGCGUCUAAGGUGUGACAUGAAGGGCAAAGGCUAGAGAGGCUGUCCCUCUGCCUGCAGUUGCACACCAGUUCUAGGCUUAUCCUCGCUCAAGGAUGUGGAGGCACAUGAGUGCAAUGUGACUCAGCUAGGUGUCAGGUGUGGCUUUAAGUCAAAACUAGCAACAUCAUUCUGUUUAAGUUCAAAGUCAAAUCUCAGAGCUAGCAGGCCAAAUGAUGUGUCUUGGACCAAAUAGUAGAAUUGGGCACCGGAGUCUGAUGGGCAUUCUCCUGCUGGGCUGCUUGCUGACCUGUCUACUGUACCGACCUGCUAUCACCUGGCUUCCUGUCCUGGCCAAGCACUUCCAGGCGGAGCACAAACAGGACGUUACCGUGCUGGUCUGGCACUGGCCCUUUGACCAUCCCUUCAAACUGAACUCCUGCAGGUCCUUGUACAACAUUGAAGGCUGUCACCUGACAGCAGACAGGGAGCUGUACAGUCAAGCGGAUGCUGUUCUCAUCCACCACAGAGAAAUCGAGGAGGAUUUAUCCAACCUGCCCCAAGAACCACGGCCCUCCUUCCAGAAAUGGGUGUGGAUGAAUUUCGAAUCACCGGCACACACGAAUAGAAUACCUGGCUUGGAAGAUCUAUUUAAUGUGACUUUGAACUACAGGCAGGAUGCAGACAUCAACAUGCCUUAUGGAUCUCUUGUCCCUCGGACUGAAGAGAGGGAGGAGUUUGUCCCACAUAAAAACCGACUGGUCUGUUGGAUCGUUAGCAACUGGAACCGAGAACACAAGAGGACUUGGUACUACAUGGAGCUGCGCAAAUUCAUCAGAAUUCACACCUACGGGGACCCUUUCAACAAAAAGGUAUCUCUUAGUGAAUACAGAAUGAUCGUGGCCAGCUGUAAAUUCUACCUGUCUUUUGAGAACUCCGUCCACAAGGACUACAUCACAGAAAAACUAUAUAAUGCUCUCAAGUUGGGCGCUGUUCCUGUGGUCAUGGGCCCGACAAGAGGGAACUAUGAGAAGUUCAUCCCUGGAGAUUCCUUCAUCCAUGUGGAUGACUUCCGCUCGCCCAGAGCCCUGGCCAAACACCUCCUCUUCUUGGACGAGAAUGAGGAGAUGUACCGUAAAUACUUCAAGUGGCAGAGGAUCCACAGAGUCCGUAUCAACAGCUUCCCCAUUCAGAAUGCCUGCAACAGCUGUGAGUACAUCAGAGGCCACCCUGAGAAUCGGAUGGUUACUGAGCUCUAUAAAUGGUUCUGGGAGGAGUGAUGCUGAGACACUUGGAGCAAAUCUACUACAAAUAAACAAUAUCCACUUCUCCAUAGUCAGGGAUGGGGGGGAACUAAGCAAAAUGUAUCUUUUACACAACGGCAGAAGUGCCAAAAACUAUAUUUCAUUAAAGUACAUUAACCGAACUUUCCCCACUUGAACAAUUAAUGGGGCGUUACAAGUCAUUUUAAUAUUUUUUACUUCUGUCGUCUUUUGCUACUGCUCUACCACAUGUUAACUGAUAAACAGUGUGAUGGUGACAUACCACCACUAUCUGCUUGUUUACUAGAGUGCCUUUCGCAUCCCUUUUAUAUUGGUGCACAAUAUAGAAGUUCUGCACCAAUAUUACAUUUUAAAAGCCUGUUAUAUUAAACAAAGUGCCCUUUUCAAUAUAGACCAAAUGGAGAAUUCAAUAAAUCAUAUCUAUGAAGGCUUGCUAAAGUGCCAAAAUGGAGCAUUUUGACAUGUCCCUCCAUCAACCCUGUGUCACUUCUAGGAAGAUUUUAACCCACGUAAUCCCUACAUUUCUCCAAGUUUCAACAUUAUAAAGCCGUAGUUAUUUUACUUUGACAAAGUAAUCUCUGAAGAUGUAUUUAUUUCAUGUGAUUAGUGAUUCAUUUACGUCUGUCCCUCAUUUUAAGGUCAACCCUGUUAUGUGAACUGGACUGCCGUUUUUAAUAUGGUGAAGCUAUUCCUUUUUGUCAAAUGGAACAUCUAAUAGUCAAAUCAUCGCGUAAAAGCAGGUUAGCUGGUUCAUCUCUUUGUGGCUGUUUCGUGGUGAGAACCUGAGCGGGUUGGGCAGAACACGUCAACCCUGUUACUCAUAGAGAGACAGGCUUUCAUUCAAUUGCCACUCCCUUUUGCAACAACCUUCCAUUCCCCUGUCACAAGUGGAAAUAUGUCUUAUUUAUUAAGAAAAAAUCAUCAGCCCUGUUACUUUUUUUUAUACAUUUAAUAGGCCCUUAAUAUAGUCUUUCAUUUUUUUUAGAUGAGGGAAGAUGUUUGUUUUAUUUUUUAUAGUUGAACAUCUGCUCUUUUAGACAGACUGUUAAAAUUAGGAUCAAAAGUUAUUUUUGACCAAAUUACACUUCUCAAAAGGCACCAAAUUGGUUGAAAGACCCUAUUAACAUUACUGUGAGAAAGAUUUGGUUUUGAACUGUAAUACCUGUUGAGAAAGUCUGGUUACUGUUGAAAGUACUAUAACUCUCCUCCCUCUGGUCACUGGAAUAGACUCAGAGACUCCACUGCGAUCAGUCCUGCUGUUUCUAAACCACAUGAUUGGGAAAGUGAUAAAGGGUAAUAUACGGUAGGUCUCACUCAUAUAUAUGUAGUACUCCCUGUACUGUCAACAGUUGUUAGGCAAUUGCCUUUUACUGUACUAUGGUUGCUAGGUUGUCACAAUGAAUGUGUCAUGUAUUUUCACACGUUAAGGGACCUUGUUCGCUCCACUGUUAGGCAACAGGGAUUGAUCACAGACUCAGAGGUUCAGUGUAUGAAUUAGGAAAAGAAAGGUUGAUGUAGUACAGUGGUCACCAGCACAAUGAUAUUACUUAACCCAGUUUAAACACCUGUUCCAAUACAGUACAAUGGGGUAGUUUGAGACACCACUCUUUACUGCCACCCAAGGGAGUUUUAAAGACGUAAAUUAAUAUGUUGCAGUACAUCUGGCGACCACUAGAAAGCACUGCAACCCCACUGUACACAUGCAUGUUACAUAGUUGAAAAACCAUUUGCAUCAGUGUGAAUAUGAAUGUUUAUAUAUGUGAGAAAAUGAAUACCAUUUGUCAAAUGAAUGAAUAUCUGAGCUCAAAUGAGAGGUUGGAGAAAUGGUGGAGAUUAGCUUGUUGCUUAAUGGUUUAAUUGAAACCUGCCGCUAAUUAGCUACGGCUAUAAUCACCCAAACUUAUGAACAACUCUGAUUUCUUCCUUGGCUCUUUCAAAUGUAGAGAAUAGAAUGUGGCCCUGGGAAUGAGUGUAAAAUGACUGCAUUAUGGAGAACUCUUAUCUUUAAGUCUGCCCGCAACUUUCACCCAUUCUUAUAUCCCUUUGCCCUUCGAAGGAUCCCUUCUAAUGCUUUAUUAACUGUACAGUACAUACAUAAAACCCCUUCAUUCUUCUGCCAGUUUCAUUAUGUUAUGGUCAUGAAAACUAUUAGAAUAUCAAUCACUAUUUCUACCUCCUAUUUCUAUAUUUCCGGUCUAUUUCUAUCUCCGACCUCCACUAAUGUCAGUUAAUUUCCUAUAUUGAUGUCGUCAUUACCUCACUAUGAGGUAACACAUCUGAGAGAGAGUAAACACUGUCAUCUAAGACUUAGUCAUGUGUCUAGGAGCUGGCUCUGUGGUUUUCAAAAAGGUGUAGUAUACAUCUACAGACGAAUCUUGGUUUGGUGGAUGCCAGGAGAACGCUACCUGCCUGAAUGCAUAGUACCAACUGUAAAGUUUGGUGGAGGAAUAAUGGCCUGGGGCUGUUUUUCAUGGUUUGGGCUAGGCCCAUUAGUUCCAGUGAAGGAAAUCUUACCGCUACAGCAUACAAUGAUGAUUGUGUGCUUCCAGCUUUGUGGCAACAGUUCGGAGAAGGCCCUUUCCUGUUUCAGCAAGACAAUGCCCCGUGCACAAAGCAAGAUCCAUACAGAAAUGGGUUGUCAAGAUUGGUGUGGAAGAACUUGACUGGCCUGCACAGAGCCCUGACCUCAACCCCAUCGAACACAUUUGGGAUGAAUUGGAAUGCUGACUGCAAGCCAUACCAAAUCGCCCAACAUGUGCCCAACCUAACUAAUGCUCUUGAGGUUGACUGGAAGCAAGUCCCCGCAACAGUCUUCCAACAUUUAGUGGAAAGCCUUCCCAGAAGAGUGGAGGCUGUUGUUGCAGCAAAGGGAGGGACCAAGUCCAUAUUAAUGCCCAUGAUUUUGGGAUGAGAUGUUCGAUGAGCGGGUGUCCACAUACUUUUGGUCAUGUAGUGUACCUGUCCAUUACUGAUGGCUGUCUCCCACCUAUCCCUUCUCUGUUAUCCUUUCUUCUUGCUGCUCUCUCUUCUCUCCCUAUUUCACCCUCUGGGCUGUGAAUUAUUGAGCUCUUUCUUUCAAGGGGACCACUCCCUCAUCAGAUCUGUGGGCCAUCAAGUUUGCUGUUUCACCGCUCCUUCACCCCCAGCAACAGCCGUCCCCACAACGCCUCCUGACAUUGAAGAAAUCACGUCCCUCACUUUCUUUUCUACCACUCUCUCACGCGCUUGCUUGCUGUAAAUUUAGCUCUCUCCUCCCUUUCAACUUUCUCCCUCUCGUGUGUUACUUCCCCAACCUCCCCCUUUUUUUCUCUACCACCCUCUCUGUUUUUCAGUAAUGUCACGGCUCACUGCUGAGUGUCACUGAGUUGAUGGAGAGGAAAAAAAUGGAGGAGUGAGGCAAUGGAAGGAGGGUUGACUCAAUGGUGUGCGUGUACAUUUUGUGAGAGACUUGAGAAAGAGAUGUGGGAACGAGUGGGGGAGGGAGAUUUUGUCUGAUGGUGUGGUAAAAUACUACAGCUUGGUGAAAAAACAGCAGACAGUCAGUCAAUUCACCGCCCCCUACUAUAACUACUACAGUUCCAUGUAGACUGGUGCUACACACAGACUUCCCAAGUGAUGUUCACUUACAGUCCCCCAAAGUACCCCCCCCCUCUCCAAAACACAUCCCUUUCUCAUGUCCAUCCUGGCAAAUCUAUGCAACGUAUUGUUUAAAAUGUUAUCAGCAACCUCUGACAGUGACCAACACUUUUGUUUGAUGAUUACAUGGGGUAAUACAAUUUGAACAGGUUGUUUCCAUUCUCCCUUUUCAUAUUCAUCUCAUUACAUCUCAUAUUCUGUUGAUCUAUUUCAUGCUUUAGUGUGUAGUUCAGAACUCUAACUCUGGUAGAUUAGUAAAUGCCUGUUUUGAUUGUACAGAGAACACACUCUCUCCUGUCUCUCUCAUAUCUCUCUAUCAUAUUCAAUUCAAAGGGCUUUACUGACAUGAGAAACAUAUGUUUACAUUGCCAAAGCAAAUGGAACAGACAAACAAAGGAAACAUUAGUAAACAUUACACUCACAAUUUAAAAGAAUAUAGACAUUUCAAAUGUUAUAUUGUUGGCUAUGUACAGUGUUGUAACAAUGUGCAGGUAGAUAAAUAUAGGUUGUAUUUACAAUGUUUGCACUCCACUGGUUUCCCUUUUCUCAUGGCAACGGGCCAUAAAUCUUGUUGUGACUGCACACUGAGAUAUUUAGACUAACAGAUAUGGAAGUUUAUCAACGUUUGAUUGUUUUCAAAUUCUAUGUGGGUUUGUGUGAUCUGUGGGAAAUCUCUCUCUCUCUGGUGGGAAGAGCUAUAGGAGGAGGCUGGUGGGAAGAGCUAUAGGAGGAUGGGUUCAUUUAAAUGGAACAGUAUCAAACAUAUGGAAACCAUAUUCCAUUUCAGCUAUUACAAUGAGCCUGUCCUCCUACAGCUCCGCCCACCAGCCUCCUAUGCUCUCCCCCCUUCCUCCCCAGACAGUCCUUGUUGUGUUGGGUUCAUUGUGUUCCUGGCAGAAAGCAGUGAAGCAGACCCUAACAGUCCAUUUUAGAAGCUGCCACUGUCUCUGAUCUAAAACACAAUCAGUGAGCCAUUUUGCCUGGGUCCAACAGCAACAUUAAAAAGUCAAUACACGACUGCACUGUUUAAUA